UCUUCAUUGCAGAUAAGGAAGGGCUUCAAAGCCUGAAAAGAAGCCCAGUCAGUCUGUCUGUGUGUUCACCUGCAUUCCUUAAGGAAUCUCUUGUUGUUGUUCUUACUCCCAGGAAUUCAGUCAACAAUGGAAGAUUACGCACACUAAAGCAAGGCUGGCGUCGCUUACCACAGAUUGCGAGUAUUCGGACAGUUUGUCCAGCCCGACCUCAUCGCCACCAUCGACAGUCGGCAGCGCAUCAGCAAUGAAAAAUACCACAAUCAACUUGACCACUGGUCGAAUCACAGGAAGGAUGAAGUUUAAUCAACGCCUCUUCAUUCUUUUUGGAGCUACUUUCUUCUCAUUUGCAUUUUUUCUCUUAUUCGACCAGAGCAUGCCCUGGCCACAACAACAAAUCAGCCGGACUCGUCUGUUGGCCAUUAAGCUCUGGCCAAACCAGUUGGACUGGCAGCCGCCACGACAUCACCACCACGCAUGCUCAUGGAGCACGACACCGUCCAUUGACAGGAUUGUCACAGCGAACUUUUCCACAUUUGAUAUGAUACCCAAACUUGUUUAUGAUGUCAUGGCUGACGGUUCAUAUCCGCUCCCAAAUCCUAACAAAGCUUUAGAUUUAUUAUCUUUAACAUCAUCAUCACUAUCAUCAUCUUUCUCAUCGUCAUCAUUAUCAAAGUCUUUAUCAUUAUCAUCCUCAUCAUCAUUAUCAAACUCCUUAGUGUUAUUAGAUUCUUCUCUUUCAUCCUCGCCAUCGUUAUCAUUAUCACCAACAUCAUCAUUAAAGUCUGCUUCAUUGUUAUCAUCAUCUAACAAUGCUGAACUUGUUGUUGUUGAUGGUGAUGAUGCUGGUGACGACGAUGAUGAUGAUGACGAUUCUCAUCAUAGUAACGUAGAUGGUGAUGGCCCUGGCGGAGGUGGUGGUGGUGGUGUUGCUGUUAGCCACAGUAGAGAUAGUAUAAGUAGUAGUAGUAGUAGCAGCAGCAGUAAAGUCAGUGAGGACGGUCUUACUGUUAUUGUUGUCCCUCAUUCACAUAAUGACCCAGGAUGGCUGAAAACAGUGGAUGAGUACUACUCAGAUCAGACAAAGCACAUACUGGACAACAUGGUGCAGAAACUGACCACGUACCCUAACAUGACAUUUGUGUGGAGUGAAACAAUUUACUUAGCCAUGUGGUGGAAUGAUCAAGAAGAUGCAAUCAAAGCACAGGUUCGUAGACUGAUACGUCGGGGUCAGUUAGAGAUUGUGCUGGGUGGCUGGGUGAUGCCAGAUGAGGCUACCACUCAUUAUUAUGCAAUAGUUGACCAGUUGAUAGAAGGCCACCGAUGGGUGAUGGAUAACUUGCAUGUGAUCCCUGAAAAUAGCUGGUCAAUCGAUGCUUUUGGACAUUCUGGCACAAUGCCUUAUUUACUGAAGGAAGCUGGUCUGAAAAACAUGGUUAUACAGAGGAUUCAUGGUGCUGUAAAAGGUUAUUUAGCCAAACGUAAAAGCCUUGAAUUCAACUGGCGCCAAUACUGGGAUCCUAAAGGCACAAAAGAUAUGAUGUGUCACACAAUGCCAUACAUGUUAUAUAGCAUUAAAUAUACCUGUGGUCCAGAUAAGUUCUUCUGCCUGCUUUAUGAUUUCCGCAACAUUCCUGGUGAAAGACGCGAAGGUAAGAGUCGUGAAAUAACCAUGAAGAAUAUUGAAAUUCAGGCAGAGUACCUUUAUAAAGAGUACAUGAAAAAGAAUUUCCUUUAUAAGUACAACGUCAUCCUUGUGCCCCUUGGUGAUGAUUUCAGAUAUGACAAAGAAUUAGAAUGGGAUCAGCAAUAUCAAAACUACAUGAUGCUGUUUCAUUAUAUGAAUUCCAGGAGAGACUGGAACAUAAAACUUCGUUUUGGAACCCUCAAAGAUUAUUUCGAUAUUGUCCGUAAACGCCAACUUGUAUAUCCAAAUUACUUUGGUGAUGAUAGUUUAAAGUUGCCCUCUCUUAGCGGUGAUUUCUUCCCUUAUUCGGAUAAAAACUAUGACUAUUGGACUGGAUUCUAUACAACACGGCCUUUUGACAAAAGAUUUAGUCGAAAUCUUGAAAGUUAUCUGCGAGCAGCUGAUAUCUUAUACUUCUUAGCCUGUUCUUAUUCCAGCAUCUGGGACGUUCCAUAUGAGAAAUCUUUCGAGGCUGCUGGUAUGUUGAAAAGAGCACGUAGAUACCUCGGUUUAUUUCAGCAUCAUGAUGCUAUUACAGGAACUGCCAAAGAUAAUGUUGUAUUAGAUUAUGAAGAAAAACUGGCUAUUUCUUAUAACCUUACACAAACUGUUAUUGGUGACGCUUUGGAAAUACUUUUGUAUCGCUCCAAGAAUGGACCCAGUAAGUUUGUGACACCAGAAACCGUUCGCAUAUCUCCGACGACUUCUCCACAAAAGCAGAUUUUGCGAGUUGACAAAGCCGGUUUGCGACUGAUACUUUUCAACCAAUUGUUGCAACAGCGUCAGGAUAUUGUGACAGUGCUUGUUACUACAAACAAUAUCGAAGUUUUAGAUGAAAACAAAAACUCAAUACCAUGUCAGAUAAAUCCCUAUUGGACAGACCAUACAACAGUUUCCAAAAGCGUGUUUGAAUUAGUAUUUUUAGCUAAUAUGGCACCAUUAGCUUCAACUGUCUACACACUUCAAAUACCUUUGGAAGAACAAAAAAAUACAUAUCUUGCUCGAAUUGGUGCCAUAAAUCACGAACACUUAGUAAUACCAUCUACAAGUGGUUUUGUCAAGGAAAAACCCUGGAUUAGUAGUAAUUCUGAAUCAAUAGUUUUGGAAAACAGUAUCAUAAAAGCUACAUUUUCUGGCAAUCGAGGUCUUUUACAAGAAGUCGUUGAUAAAACCACUGGAAAUUCUACUCAGAUAAAACUGGAUUUCCUUGCUUAUCUCUCUCAGGGUAGUGGAGCAUAUUUAUUCUUACCAAAUGGUCGGGCACGCUCUAUCACAAAUAACAAGCAUAUCGUACGCGUUGUUCGUGGUCCAUUAGUAUCUGAAGUACACGUACUUCACAAAUAUAUAUUGCAUCGUAUCAAGUUGUAUGAUGUGCCUGGACUUCAGAGACAUGCUUUGCAUAUUGAAAAUACAGUGAAUAUUAAAAGUUUCCGUGAUCGGGAAGUAAUCAUGCGUCUUCAGACUGAUAUUAAAAAUCCCAAUCAAACGUUUUUCACUGACCAGAACGGCUUUCAGAUGAUUGGCCGCAGAAAUCAACCUCGGUUGCAUGUGGAAGCCAACUAUUAUCCAGUAACAACCAUGGUCAUGCUAGAAGAUGACCUACGACGACUGAGUCUUCAUGUUGACCAUUCACAUGGCGUGGCAUGUUUGGAAACAGGUAUGGUUGAAGUCAUGCUUGACCGACAGCUCAGCUAUGAUGAUGAACGUGGCCUUGGUCAAGGGGUUGAGGAUAUAAAAUCCGUGAUUUCAAAGUUUGUUCUUCAUCUUGAACCACGAUACAAAGGCAAGCAGUUUACAUCUAAUGAUGAUGAUACAGUUAACAAUAGGCAUAAUGUCAAAGAAGAUACCCUUCAGUUUGACUCGGAUGCAGCCCAGAGACAUGAAGCAGCACAAAAUAUCAAUGUGGAUAGAAAUAGAGAUGGAAUUUCCAAAACUUUAGUUCGAAAUUCUGAUUCUGAUGGUAACGCUCAAAAUAUAAAAAUGAAUUUACCAAUUUCGGACAGUUUUGCAUCCUACACUGACUCGCAAAAAUCUAGUACACACACGCAAGAGCUCCGUUUUACAUACCCUUCGCUUUUAGGCAUUUAUUUGAAUUAUUACCUGCAGCAUCCCUUGAUAACAUAUUUCACUAACAUGCCCUCAGAAAAGCUUGCCCCCACUUUCUUGCCCAUUGACGGCCAGAUUCCUUGUGACAUUAACAUUCUGUCUUUGCGGGUCCUAGUUAAUUCCGAUCUUGUUCAGAACGGCUCUAGCUUGAUACUGAAUCGUGAAGGGUUCAGCUGUGAAUUCCCUACAUCAGAACCGGUCUGCAGUUCUAAUUGGGGUCAGUUCCCUGUUAAUGCCAUGUUUGGGAAAAUACCUUUGAAAUCUUUCCGGCGAACUUCGUUGUCACAUUUGUAUGACCUUGAAACUCUCAGCCCAAAUUCUGUCUUAAAACUUGCUCACAUGGAAGUUUCCUCGUACAUCUUAAAGACAUAAAAUAAAUUGGUGUGUGUGGAUAUGUAUAUAUAUAUAUAUAAAUAUAUAUAUAUAUAAUAUAAAGUGUGUAUAUGUGUAAAAUAAGCACAGAGAAAACGAAAAAGAGAAGGAGGGUGUUGGCAGAUGGUCGCAAAUCUUAAAUAUAACAGAAUGUGGCUGAAAUAUCUGCAAGAGAUGUGAUGAAUAUUUUUUAAUGCAUUGUUUUUUUCCCCUCGCGUCAGUUCAGAUGUCAAACGACAUAGGUACAUAAGAAAAACCAGGAAGAAACCAUAUAUAUAUAUAUAUAUAUAUUUAUAUAUAUAUAUGAUGAAGCUAUGGCAUAGAGAUUUGCUUUGAUAUAUCGUAGAAUGAAAAGAAAAAAAUGUACUUAUAUAUAUAUAUGUAUAUAUAUAUAUAUAAUUUUAAAAUAUGAGACACAAGUGUACUAUUUAAGCGUCGUUGAGAAGAGGAAAGUGAAAGUGGUAUGGGGAGCGGUCUUUGAGUAAUAUUUGUAAUAACCAGAAUUUCUGUCAAAAACAUUUGUCACAGGAAAAACAAAAAGAAAAAUCAAUUUGACGAUGCAAUUGUCUGUUUUAUUUAUUUUUUUAAUAUAUCAAUUUUUUUUUAAAAACGUAAUGAGUUAUUAAUUAAUUAAUUGCUGUUAAUUAAAUUGACUGCAGAAGACUAUGUAAUAAAGUGAAGAGAAAAAUAAUUUCAUGAAACAGGCAUGUCUGUCGAAGAAUUGCUGCAUACAAACCCACGCACACACUAACAAAACCUCGCCCCCAACUGACACCCACUCACAAACUACACACAUACACACACUCCACUAACACACCCCCUAUCUUUACACAUCCAAAUAUAUUUUAGUAGAUCUUGAAACAUCUUGAAUCUUACGUCUGAUUUUCACAUUGUCAAUGAUUAAAUAGCAUUGACUGACAUAAUUGGUAAAGUGGAACUCUGAGUAACAAUUCAAGACGUUUCACUUUCUAUAAAUAUUUAUAUACUUUUGUCUGCGUAUUGGUUCUUCGUUUCAGAGUUCGUCAACAUAAUUGUUUACCAAUCCAAUAUAUAUAUAUAAUAUAUAUAUAUAUAAUAUAUAUAUAUAAUUGUUUACGUCAUAAGAAUAUAGAAACUUCGAGAGACGUAGAAUAAUUCGUUUUUAACGUUGGAGCUCGAAGUAUAUAAUGGUAUAACUAUCAUGUAAAUAUUGGGUUAAAAAUACUUAUCGCUAGAAAAAUAUCGAAUGUUUUUUUUUAAACCAAUAUCUACACCUUGUCAUGUGUAGCUUUAUCUACUUUGAGUUUCACCGUUAAAAAACACUAUAUAUAUGUACGUGCGUUGAUAUAUAUAUAUAUAUAUAUACAUAUAUAUAUAUAUAUAUAUAUAUAUAUAUUAUAUAUGUGUGUGUGAAUGUAAUCUUCAGUUGGCUGAGGUGACGUUGGAAAAAAAGGAAGGAUAUUGUUUAUGUUUGGGAGAUCUGUCUCUGCCUAGGGCGGUGCAGUAUUUGUGUUUGUAUGCGUGUGAGAGAGAUAAACGAACACACAAUAGAAGUGAAAUAAUGAAAGAGAGAAUGUGUUUGUGCGUGUGAAAAUCUAUGAGCCUGUGGUUCAGACUGGUAUGUAUUCAGUGCGAGAAGUAGUGUGCGUGUAUUUGUGUCUGUGUGUGUGUGUGUAUAGAUAAUUUAACUUUGUAAUUUUGAAUGUAAAAUAAGGUCUUGAGUUAUCAAUCAUAUUUUCUGGAUUUUAUUAAGAGAUGGAAAAAAAAUCGAAAAAAAAUGCAUGUAGAUUAUUAUGGGCAGAACCAGAAUAUAUGUCAGCAUGUGUGUGUGCGUGGGUAUAUGUGCAUGCAUGUUUAUAUAUGAUUUUAAAUGUAUAUGCUUUUAUAUGUAUAUAUAUUGUGUACGUAUAUGCACGUACAUAUGCGUGUGUAUAUAAAGAUAUAUAAUUAUAUAUAUAAUAAUGUGUACAUAUGUAAAUAUAUAUAUAUGUAUGUAUGCUUGCGUUGACUGGCUGUGCGUGAGUGUAUAAUGUAAGAAUACUGCCCAUUACUAGAAAUUUAUAAUAUCGGAUGUCAUUUAUGGAGAACAAUGAAGACAGUAACACUAUGUUUAAUAAUAAUAAUGAUAUUAGGGAUAUUAAUAUUUUUUAAUGUUGAUAAAAGCAACAAAAAUACAAUAAACCUUUAUAUAAAAGGUGACAAAAUCAAUUAUACGAUUUGAAAUAUAAAAUAAAAAAACGAAAAUGUUACACAACCAAAACAUUGAUUGCUUGAGGUAUAUAUACAAAAAAAAUCUGGUAAUAUAAAUAGCAUUGACA